UCUGAAUCCUUCAUCCGUUCCGUCCCGUCCAGUGCUUUUUUUGGAGCGGCGUGGAGGCUGUAACUGACCAGACCGGCCCUGUUCGACACUCAGUCAGAUCCCACACCGCAUGGAGAGGUUGAGUGCUCUCUUCGGUGGGAGGUUCAAUGCGACAUCGGGUCCUGUGGUUGACUCUGAGGGCAGGGAAGUCCUUUUCGGCUUCAACAACUGGAUUAGGGUGAGCGAAUCAUCACACCAUGUACAGAGGUAUUGUUGUCGGUCCCCUUGGGCGCUGCAGGAUGAUGAGUUCUCCGGAGAUCUUUUGGACGCCCUCUCCCGAGAGCCGCGAGACCCCUCAAUCGACUAUCUAAUCUUGGCAUACGUAUUUGUGUUCGCCCUUCUCUUCGUUCUGACCUUCACCUCGCGGACCGGAGACAACCUGUUCUUGGAGCAGUAUCGCCGCUUCUUCCUCUGGCCGAUCUUCGCCAUGAUCGCCAACACCAUGCUGGCUGUCGGACUCUGUGAGGACGCACAUCCCACUCACCGUCAACAGGCAGGCGAAAGAAAGCGAAUGUGUGCUUGUGCGUGGAUCAGCUGUCCAUGACCACAUGCGGUGGUAUGAGGCGAGAGUGGGGGAGCGAGUGGCGGAGCGGCUGACUCUGGAGCGGCAGCAAGACCCAUCACAAGGCCGUCCACUGCUCUUGCCCGAUACGCAAACAUGGAAACGAGGUGGGCACAUAUGGAUGGACAUCGGAUGAAGCCGUCGGUACCUGCCGAAACAUCAAUCAACGUGUGCUAUCCUAUCAGGUUUGGGCUGGUUGAUAACAGACCCUGAGCGAGCGCGGGCGAUGCUGACAACCCUGGUAGGCAAUGCUGAAAGCCGUAGCUUAUGAAGCAAACGCACUGGUGCCUGCGUGCAGAACACGACAUCGCUGACGGUGGUGGUACUGAUGUUCUCGUUGACAAUCCUGGCGCUGCAGCUCUUUGCGUCAAACUACUCGCCGAGACUGACGCACAGCUACAUGCGCAGCUCUGAUAACGUCCGCUGUCUCAGGUAGGCAGAUAUGUGCCCGUCCGUUGAGGGCACUGAAGCCAGUGGCUGUAAUGGUGCCUGGUUUGCCUUUGUGUGCAGUAUUUUCGUUGGUGAGUGGCUGGCAGACUGGCAGGGAGGGAGGGAGGGACAAUAGAUGGAUGCACACGAAGGGAAUGGAUGAAUGGACAGGUUUCUUCGCAUACUGCUCCACGGUCCUGGCCUUCGUGGGCGGUUCGCACGAAGAGGAAGACCCAUUCUGCCCCAUGUGGGCUGUUGCUGCCCUGCCCCUAUGUGAGUGAGAGUCUCACAGCUGCCACGUUCCACCAUUGCCUUGUUCUUGGUCACUGUUGACGUGUGUACGUAAACCCUGCAGACACCAUGGUUCUUCUCUGGGUCCUGAUAUAUUUUAUGGACAGGUAGAGCCCUCAUAAGACGAGACACACGAUAAUGGCUACACAAGCAUGGCGCAUUUCUGUGGUGUCAGUUUCCUUCGUGGACUCCACCUAGAGUCGAUACUCCACAGGAUCGCCGAAGAACACAAAGACGAGCUGCGGAGAGCAAACCUGGGACGGUCGCUGGAGGAGCGCGGAUGGUCUGCAAGGAUGGCAGCCUGGCUCCGGAAAGUUUCGCGACGCUUCAGCAUGUGGAAAGUCGAUGUGCCAGCUCCAGAUGACGAGACCCGCCAGAUCGACGACUUGUCAGUGCAGGGUCGUAGUGCAGUCAAAUCGACUUGCUCUGGCUAUAUCCAUUCGGCGCGAUUGGAGUGGCUUGCUCACAAGCUACGCAGGGAGUCCCCCCCUCUGCAGCUAUGCUUUCGGCGUCGCGUCAUGAUCGGCGCAUUCAUCACCGAGGGGACAGUAUUGGUGAGCGAGGGAGCGAGCCGGGAAACCAGACAGUGGUGCUCGAUGUGUAAAAAAUGGUGUUUGUUCUUUUGCCCUGCUAGGCUUGGGUGAGGGUUCAUCCCGAUCCAGAGGGACGCCGUGUGAGACGGGCAGGUCACUUCAGCAGCCUCUUCAAGCAGCACACCCGUGCGACGACUGGCGAGCAGCAGUCCCAGACGGUGGGUGAAGAGCAGCUGCAGCGGGUGACCAGAAUCACAAACGCGGCGUUCCGUCUGGGUCUGGAGGACAAAGGCGGCGAGGGCAUCUCAUUCGGCCGUACGCCAGCAAGACAGAACGCAGAGAUCUCACUCGAUUCGUGUGUGCGUGUGUGUGUGUGUGUGUGAGGUGGUCAGUUCGUGAGAUCACCGAGGUGUGCAUGCGGAGCAUGACGUCGUCCGUCAACGACCCGGUACGGUACGACGGCAUCGACGCAUGCAGGCUGCCAUUGCCGAUGCGUCUGUAUUUGCUUCUGUAUGUGUGCAGCACGCGGCCGUGAGUGCGAUAGACCGGUUGAGUGACCUCCUCAAGGACUGCGUGCGCAACAGGCUGCAUCAUCGAUUCGUGCGCAUCAAAGGGGUGCGUGUGCACGCCAAGCAAGCACCGAGGGAGGAGGGAAAUCCGUGCGCAGCCCGCAGUUGUUCAUCUCUCUCUUUCUCUGUGUCUGUGUAUUUGUGCUUCAGAGGCUCUACGUGACGAUGCGUGUGUGGUCAUUCAGCGAGCUUCUUGCCAUGAGUAAGCAAUCUGUGAGCACGGCGAGGUGGGCUUCUCGCCUUUCUUGCCUGCCUCAAUCGAGGCAGGAGAGCAGCGUCCAUUCCCAUGUUUGUUUCCUGUUUCCUCCUUCCUAGGCAUGCACGGCCUGAGGCAUUACUGUCAGAGGGACCUGUUCAUCCUCGAUCGUCUGAUGGAUGUGCUCGCCGACCUGGCCUUCAUCUGCAUUGAAGGCCGAGGCAUCGCUGCGCCCCGUGAGGGGUUCGCGAGUCGCGAGGAGUUUGCUCGACGCCUGGUGGGCUGGCUGGCGAUCGGUGGACGAAUGUACUUGUACGUGUCUGUCUGUCUGUCUGUGUGUCUGUUUGUCCCCGCAGGUCAUCGUCAAGGGGUACUUCGACCAAUUGCUCGCAGACGCGCGGGGCAAGUAUCCCGAAGGCAGCAGUGAGAGAGCUGUGAUCGAGGCGGCGUACAUGAGGGCGCAGCACGUCACUAGCGAUUUAGAUUCCACCUCGUGUGCACCAGAGACGGAGCCGCACAACGUGACGGCGACUUUCGCCAGAGAGGAGACCAUGAGCGACCUGAGAAGCGAGGUCAGCCACUCCCUGAGUUAUGUGUGCUAGCUAGGUAGAAAGAAGGGGACUGACUGCCUGCGUCGAUCGCUGCAGUCAGCGAAAUUUUUCCUGUGUUGCCCGGGUUCGCUAUCUAUGCGUCUGUGUGUGGGUGGGUGUCUGUGUGUGUGUGUGUGUAUGUGUCAAUUCUGUGUCGUGUGUGCUGCUGUUUAUCUAACUGGUGCCGUUUUUAUGCGGUCGCGGUCUGUGUGUUUGGUGAGGCAUUCUGUAGCCUCGAUCAAGCAGGAAUGCCUGGCCUGGCCUCGUUUG